GGUCACAGAUAUGGCGGCCAUUAGGAUGGAAGAGCUGACAACCAUGCCUACAGGUCUGAUAUGUGCAUCUAUAACUGUGUAUGCAGCCAAAGAAGAGGACUCCAAAAAGCAGCUGGUGAAGCCAGAGCAGCUCCCCAUUGCACCACCUCUCCGAUCUAAAUAUGUUAAAGAGCAGCCUGGUAAUUUACAAAUGAGCUUUGCGUCCAUCCGCUCUACAACUGGUCGUUAUAUUGGCUGGUGGAAGGGUGUUUAUGACUUUGUGAAAAAUGGGAUAAUGGAUACAGUACAAUUUGGAAAAGAUGCCUAUAUCUAUCUGAAGAAUCCACCUCGAGAUUUUCUUUCGAAAGUUGGAGUCAUUACAGUCUCAGGGUUGGCAGGCUUGGUUUCAGCGAGAAAAGGUUCUAGGUUUAAGAAAAUUGCUUAUCCACUGGGGCUGGCCACUUUAGGAGCAUCUGUUUGUUACCCAGUUCAGUCAGUAAUAAUUGCAAAGGUAACUGAGAGAAAGGCAUAUGCUACAAGCCAGCAAAUUUAUGAAGCAGUUAAAUCAUUGUGGACAAAAAACAACAAAAAAGAGUCACUUCCUGAACCUAAAGAAAAAACUAAGCUAGGAAGCUCUGCUGAAAUAGAAAUACCUGCAAAAACGACUCACGACCUGAAAGACUCAGUGCCUUUGCCAACGGAACUCAGCUCGGAAACGAAGAGGAAAUCAGAAUCCCCCUCAGGUGCUGCACAGUUUAUGCCUGACCCCAAGCUCAUGGAUCACGGGCAGUCCCAUCCAGAAGACGUAGAUAUGUACAGCACUAGAAGCUGAAAUGGUCUGCGUAGAGAACUACAAGAUGUGUGAAGCUGCAAAUAAUGAUGAAA